AUGCCAGCAGAUAAACUUAGAAUUGCAUGUUAUGGGGACAAAAACAUUUUAAGAAAUGCUGAAUAUUUUUUUAAGGAUGAUUUUUAUGAAAUAAAUGAUGUAAAAUUAGACGAAAAAAUAAAUACAAUACGAGUUAAUUUACAAUAUGAAUGUUAUAACAAUCCAAUAGCUGAUUAUUUUAAAAAUGAAGAGAAUGGAUCAAAUGAAAAAGCUUUUAUUUAUAUUUAUUUUUUAUAUUCAGAAAAUUUAGAAGAAUAUAAAAAUGAAAAGGAAUAUUUAUUAAAUAGGUAUAAAGAUUGCAUAAAUGAAGAGAAUGAGGAUUGUAUAUUUAUAUAUUUAUACAAUUUAAGCGAUAAUAUAAAUGAAAUAAAAAAUAUAAAAAAAAUCAAAUCCGAUUUCAGUUCUAAUAGUUAUAAAACUAUCAAAAUAUUAAGUGUCCCAAUAAUUAAAAAUGAAGAAUAUGAUACUAAUGAAAAAGUCAAAGAACUUUAUGAGCACUUUAAAAUUAGAUAUAUUGAUCACAUCAAAAUAUGUAUUGAAAAAAAAUACCAUUCCAUUAAAAGUUCCUAUAACAAAAGCGUUAAUAUUUUUUUAAGCUAUGUAGAGAUAAAGAAAAAAGUUAUUCUGGAAAAAAAAAAAAAAAAAUUUUGUAUACCCAACAUACGUGCAGAGGAAACAAAACCGAAUGAUGUAUCAGAGGAAAAAGCAGAAACAAAGCUUAACGAAAAAGAGGAAACACAUCAUAACGAUAUAACCGAAUUUGUCGAGUUUUAUAAAAAUCAUAAUAUUUUUUCAUUUUGCAAUGAAUGUGUAGAUAUAAAUUUUUUUUUACAAAAAAAUGAUGUUCAUUCAUAUAUAAACAGAAUCGAAUUUGUUACAGAUUAUGAUGAACAAUUGUAUUUAGACAUGUAUGAUAUUUUUUUAUCAGUUUUUAUGUGGGGAGAAAAUUUAUGUGCUUUGUAUUUAAAAUUAAAUCUUUUUAAGAAAUGUUAUAUGCUAUAUAGUAGUAUUCAACGAUUAUUUUUCAAGCAUCUUAAUGUUUAUAUAAAAAAAAAAAAGUGUAUAAUACAUUCUCCGAUUUUAUUUGAAAAAUAUAAACUAGCUAUAACCAGAUAUAUAUACGAAAGAAAUAUUUGCUCUAUUCAUUUGCUAGAGUAUAUAUUUUUUAAAAAAUUUACUUUAUUACUUUUUUUAAACAAAUUUUCAUAUAUUUCAAUAAAAGCUUUAAAAUUUGCUCAAUUUUUUUACAAAAAUAAAAUUUUUAUAUUUAUGCACAAUUUUAGUACCUUUAGAAAUAGUGUAAAUAAAUAUAUAAAGUAUCCCAAUUAUAUCAAAUACAUUCAUAAAAAAAUUAAAAAAUAUAAAAAAAAAGAGCUAGCGAAAAAAAAUAUCGAGGAAAAAGAGGGAAUUUUUAAAGACAAUAUAAUAAAGGAAAAAUCGGAAAAUCUAAAUGAUUUUGUUGAAACUUAUCAAAAGGAUGCCAACAAAAAUGAGUCCACAAAAGAGGAUAAUGCUGGUGAUGGGAAUAAAAUAGUGAAAGAAAAUACAGAUCAAAAUGAAAGCAAACCCUACAAUCACAAUAAAAAUAUUGAUAAUAAUAGCAGCAGUAGUAAAGAAAUGCACAAAUUGAAUAAUGCUUUUGUAAAAGAGCUUAUUGAGGUAUUUAUCCAAAAUGAUAGUGGUGAAGCAUUCAGUGCAGAAAAUAUACUGAAAAAAAUUAUUAUAAAUAAAAAAAAUCGUAAAAAUGAAAAAUUUAUUGAAAAAAAUAAAAAUGAAGAAAACAAUGAAUCUAAAAAUGGCGAACAUACAGAAACAGAAAAUAUUUUAUACUCGAAUGAACCACAAAUUAAUAAUGACGUUUUUUGUGAUAUAUUUAAAAGCGAAGAUGAAAAACUGUUGUUUCUUUUAAAUUGUUGUUUUAUAAAUAAAGAAAAAUUUUUUUCAAUUUAUUUUUACAAUCUUGGAAAUUUAAUUAAAUUUCUUUUUGAACAUAAAAGGGAUUUACACACUGAGAAAAACGCAAAUAAAAUAGACCAAAAAACAAAAGAAAAUGGAGACAAAAUUAUUAAGCAUAAAAAUACAAAUAUCAGCAAAUAUUUAUCUCUCCAAAAAAAUAUCAUGAAAUUAGGUUAUAAAAAAAAUUUCACAAAAAAUAAAAAAAAAUCGAAAUCUAAGCUUCAAAUUGAAAGCCACAAAGAAUCGAGUUUUGUAGAAAACUCCUCUUCCGAUUGUUCGGAUUUUACUUCUUCUACACUUAGUGAACAAAAUGAAUCCAAAAAUAACGACAAACUUUUUCUAUACACAGAUUUUAGCAUUAAUGUUUCGAAUAUAUUUAAAUUGUCUUUUAUUAUUUUAAAGAAUAUACUUAAUAUGAGCAAAAAUAGUUUUGACAACAACACUGAAAAGAAUAUAAACAAUUUUGGAUUUAAUGAAACAAAUAAUCAAAAAAUAUACUUGUUCAGUUUUUUUUAUAAUUAUUUAGAAGAAAAAAAAUUCGAAAAAUACAUAGAAAGUGCAAUUGAAGAAGAAAUUAAAGCAAAUAAAAAAAGUAUUUAUCACAGUUUUCCGAUUUAUCAUAUUAAAGCAUUUUCUAAAGACAAUAAUAAGCAAAAAAAUUAUUUAUUAAUAAAUAUUAUGAAUAAAAUCAUUAAUUUAUAUUCAAGAAAGCACAAAAAUAUAUAUAUUAUAAAUAAGUUUUUCUUAGCUAUAUUAUUAUUUGAAAAUAAAUUAUAUAAAAAGUCAUUUCAUAUUAUUAGAAAAAUUAUUGAAGAAUCGCCAUUUCAUUUCCUUACACAAUUGUGUAUGCAGCUUUUAUUGUUUCAUGAUUUAAAUAAUAAAUUUUAUCAUUUUUGUGCUUCAUAUUUUUUAGCAAACAAAUAUACUAAAAUUAUAUCUUUUAAGAAUGUUAAUUUUAAUUUCACUUCCUUUCAAAAUUAUGAAUUUGAUUUAUUUUCUAUGACUAGCCAAAAUUCGAUUUUAAAGCUCGAGGAAGAUAAAAACUACUAUAUAAAUUUUUACAGCGCAUUGGAAAAAGAUAUAAUAACACAUAAUUUAUUUUUUAAGAAAGAAUUAAAAGAUACUAAGGAAAAUGAAGAAAACAAAAAUGCUCCUUUUGAUGCUAAUAAAAAAGAGAUACAACUUUUAGAAGGAAAAGAUGAAAACGCAAAUAAAAUAUGCAUAAAACAUGACGAAUUAAAUCAAAAUAAGUUGAAAUUUAUAGUAAAUAAAAAUAAAAUAAUCAAAUUAGAAACUAAAAAAUUUUGUAAAGAUAAUUAUUAUUUUAAUAUAAAUAAAAAAAUUUUAAAUAGUUUAAAAAAAUUUAAUUUUUCCGUUUCCAAAAAUGAACAAAAUAAUACAUUUUACAUGCCAACAGAAGAUAUUAAAAUAUUUGUUCAGUCUGAUUAUAAUCUAUAUAUGUUUGUGUCUAAUAUGACUUUUGGGCUUAAUAAAAAGGAAACAUAUGAAAAGAAAAAUAUAACGUCUUUAUGUGAUCAUAUAAAUGAUAUUAAAAAAGAAUACAAUAUAAAUAAAUAUACGACUAAAAAUAAUUCUUUUAAAAUGUAUCACCUUGAUACAUUAUUGGUUAGUAAAAUAAAAGAGUAUGUAGAAGAAAAAAAAAAAAAAAAAAAAAAAAAUAUGGAAACUAAGACAGACAAAAUUCAAGAAAAUAUAUCCUCUAAUAAAACCAGUAAUGCAAUCAAAAAAAAUAUACGUGUUAAAAAUGUGUGUGCUGAAUAUGAGGAAUAUUUAGAUUUAUUCGUUUUUUCCGCAUUUACCAAAAAUUUGAAUGUUAAUAAUAUAAUUUUACAAUUAUAUAGUGAAGAAGAAAAUAAAUAUUUAUACAUAAAAUAUUCUGAAGGAAACUAUAUAAUUAGAGAUGGACUAAAUUUAAUAAAAUUAAAUGUAAUGAAUAUUCUCGAAUCUAAUAAAAUUAAAUGGGAAAAUUUUUGUUAUAAAGUCAAAUAUGUUUUUCUUAAAAUAAAAAAUUUUUCUUUUUAUCAAAAAAUAGGAAUAUUACCUAACGAUAAUUUAAUAAGCUCCUUUAUAAAAACAUAUGUUAAUUUUAUAAGCAACAAUAAUAUAUUAAUUAAUAAAUAUAAUAGUUAUACAUCAUUUUUUUUAAAUCAAUUGAUUUCACCUCUUUAUAUUAAAAUAAAAACUUUAAAUUCAAUUCUAAAUUGUAAAAUACAUGCUUCCUAUAUAAACAAAACAUCACUAGUAUAUGAUAAUAUAAACUAUGUUAAACUAGUUAUAAAAAAAAGACAACAAAAUAAAAGCAUUUCCGAAACUAGUGAUAUAACUUUUGACGAGUUUGAUGAAGUAAGCAGUUUCGAUAAGAAUAUACCAGAAAACAAUCCUGAUCAUAUAAGAAACAAAUCUAUUCGAGUUUCAGUUAAAAAUAAAAACCAAAUAAAUGAAUGUAAUGAUAUUAAGUUAAAUAAUGCAAUUGGUAAAGAUGAAAUAUUCUUUGUAGAUUUAAUAACUUUUUAUAUUGAAAAAAAUGAAAAUAUACAUAUAGAUGAUCUUAAAAUUUUAAAUGAUCAAGAAAUGAAUACAAUUAAACAUAAGGGCAGAAAUGAUCAUUCAUCAAUUAAUGUGAACGAAUAUAUCAAUGGAAAAAAUGAGAUUAAUGAUUAUAAUGACAGUAAUGUUGAAUUUAAGGAAAACUCAGAAAAUUAUUCGAAUAAAAAAAAUAAUAAUAAUUUUGAAAAGCAGUUACAAAGCACAGAGGCAAUCAUCUCGUUCAUACCACGUCGGAAAAUAUACAAUGAAAUUAGCUCUUUUGAAAAUAGUGAAAAAAAUAUGAAUGAUAACUUAUAUAAAAAAUCCUGUCCAAGCAUAGAUAUAAUAGAAAUAAAAUGUAUAAUAAACAAUGAUAUAUGUGGGAAAAAAAGAAGAAAAAAAAAAACAGAUAUAUAUAAAGUAGAACAAGCUAAUUAUAUAGGAGAAAUUAAAAUUGAUAAUUUUAUUAAUCAUGAUGAAGCAUUAACAUACACACAUUUAAAUAAUAAAUUAAUUGUUCAGAAAAAAUUUAAACUUGUAAAUAUUUUCAAGGAAAAAAUAAAUACAUAUAGAUCAAAAAAUGGAAUUCUGUAUGAAUUAAUAUUAAAUUUAAAUAAUAAUAAUUAUUCAGUAUUUUUAAAAAAAUUUAACAUAGAAAUAUUAAAAAAAAACAUUACGCAAAUCAAAAAUGUUAAAAUUUUUUUUUUAAAUAAUGAACAAAAUGAGGAUUUCGAUUCCAAAAGCUUGCAAAAUGAAAUUAACUCAUUUCACUUAAAACCUCCAAAAAUGGGUAUAUUUAAUGAUGAUACUGAAAAAAACAUAGAAAUUCUAGAAGAAAACGAUAUAAAACCUUCUAAUCAUAUAACAAAUUAUGGAAAGGAAAUAUGUAAUAAUUUCAACACAAAUAUAAUAAGUGAUAAAGAAAACGAUGAAAUAACAAAAAAAAACUUUUAUGAUGAAAUUUCUAUUAAUAGUUGGAUUAAAGGGGGAGAAAGCAUAUUUUUACUUUUUGAAGUACAAUAUAAAGACACAUUUGAUAAAGAGGAUAAUUUUAUAAACCACUUAAAAUAUGAAAAUUCUAUUGGAAAUAUAAAUAUAUCAUAUGAAUAUAAAAAUAAAAAUAUUUAUAAAAUAUACAAAUAUGAAAAAAAUUAUAUAUAUAAUUUACUUCUAUAUAUCCCACAAUUUUUAUUAUCAAUUGAUGCUCAUUAUGAUAUACCCAAAACUGGAAUGCUUCAUAGCAAUAUAAAUGUUAAUAUUAUAUUGUCUAAUAAAAUAAAUGAAGAUAUAUAUAUAAAACAUUUUGUGUGUAUAGAUAAUAAUAAUAAUUAUGAAAAAAAAAAUAACCGCGCCACAAAAUAUAAUUGGCUAAUAAGUGGAUUUAAAAAACAAGUAGUUUGCAUACCAAAAAAUUCAUCACAUACUAUAAAUUUAAUGUUAAUUCCUUUGAAAGUUGGUUUAAUUAAUUUUCCACCAAUUUCUUAUUUUAUAAAAUUAAAUAACACUUGGAUUGAAAUAACACAAUUUUUGAAUAAGAGUGAUAAUUUUCAAGUAAUUAUUUCACCGCCCCUUAAAAUCACCCCACAAAUAUGGCAACUUAUGUAA